AUGGACCGACUUAUUCAGGCAACUCGAUAUUUCGAUGCUCGCCAAAAGGAGAAGCACAAUAUAACUGUUCAGAAGCAGCGAAUCCAAGCAGGCAACCUCCAGGACACACAACUCAUACUACAGGCCUCGCUAGAAAUGAAGUGCACGCUACAGGAAGUCGGCCAGGGUCAACCAUCUUCAUCAACUCAGGCAGCAUCGUUACAAAAAGACAUCCCAAUCGUGUCUCCCAUGAAGACACAUCAGAUAUUAACAGAAAUCUAUCCUUGGACGCUAGAAGGGAGCAGACUGAGCACACCAUCCCCAGAAUUUGCUCAGUUAGUGCAACAGAUAACAACAGAGGUUCACAAUCCUUCGACGUUGCAGGAGGACAGCCCGGUUCAACAAAUAGAGACCAGUCCACCUCAGUUGCCACUAGAGGACUUGAUGGAUCAACUGUCUUCCUUACAAGAAACCGAUCCAACAUCACCAGAUAUCAAUCCGCCUCGAUCAUUGCUAGAGGAACUAUUUCAGAUCGAAAACCUGGAUCACUUAGUCAGUCAUAUAACUCAAAAAACCAACAGCAUGCCGACUACACCUCCACAGGAGUCGCACAAACUUCCAGUAGAGAUGAAUCUUCGUCUCCAACAAGAAAUCAGUCCUUCUCCUACCCUGUUAGGCAGUUCAUUUCUGCAUGCGAUGGAAAAGGAUCAUCUGCCUCCACAACCCAUCUGCCACAAAACUAUGUGUGUGGUGUGGACAUGUAAUUAUAUUUUUCAAUACAAUACAUCUGGUAGUAACAAACAGCAUGUGACCACAAAGAAUACUGCAAAGCUUGAUCGUGAGACUGAAGAACUGAAACACGAAACCAUUCCAUUGGACGUUGGCAAGUUGAUUCAGCAAGGGCGUCAAGCUAAAGGACUCAGACAGAAGGAUCUUGCUACAAAAAUCAAUGAGAAACCACAGGUGAUUACUGAUGAACGGAUUGCGACCAAGAGGGUCAGCGUGUCGCGCGCGCCAGAAGGGCUACAUAUUUUAACUUUAAUUAAGAUUCCCUAUUUCCAAUACGUUUCUGUCUAUAGGGGUUCAGUGAAUACAGUGUCUCGCAACUUAAUCGUGGUAUUAUUGUCUCAGCCGUUACCUUACCCUUGA